AUCAUCACACAUCCACUACAUCCAAUUCACACAUACCCUCCUUCCAAACCAUAUUCUCUCUUCAUACAGAAAGAAGAAAAAAAAGGAAAAGCACCAUGCCCCUCAAAAUCCUCAUCACCGGCGCCGGCAUCGCCGGCACAACCCUCGCCUACCUCCUCGCCCACUCCCCCUCCCACCACCCCAAAACCACCUACAACAUCCUCAUCCUCGAACGCUCCCCCACCCUCCGCACAACCGGCCUCCAAAUCGACCUCCGCUAUCCCGGAAUCCAAGUCCUGAAACACAUGAACCUGGAGGAGGAAUUUCGCGCGAUCAGCAUCCCUGAACAACGCCUAGCUCUUGUUGAUGGAAAAGGUCGACGGUGGGGAUAUUUCCCCGUGAAUGGGAGUGGGGAGGGGAAGCAGAGUUUUACGACGGAGUGGGAGGUUAUGAGGGGGGAGUUUUGUGGGUUGGUUGGGAAGGGGAGUGGGGGCGGUGUGAGGUAUGAGUUUGGGAUAUGGGUUGAGGAAGUACAUGAGCUGGAUGGCGACGAUGGGGUGGAGGUGGUAUUGUCCGAUGGAAGAAGGGAGAAGUUUGAUAUUGUGGUUGGGGCGGAUGGAUUAGGCUCGCGGAUGAGGGGGAUGAUGAUGACGGGGGCGAAUUAUGGAGAUGUCACUGGGAAAGAGGGCGUUCAUGAUCUGGGGGUGUAUGCGGGGUAUUUUACUGUCAACAGGGAGAUGGAAGAUGGAGAGGGGUAUGAUGCCACGGGGUUUAUUGCGACGAACGGACGGGGCAUCAUGACGAGACGGCAUGAGAGGGAGAGGUAUUUGGUUUAUUUGAUGUGUAGGGCUGUGGGGGAGGGAGAGGGGAUUGAGCGCGGGAAGAGAGGGGAUAUGGAGAAGGAGAAGGAGAUUCUGAAGAAGUCGUUUCGGGGGGCGGGGUGGAAGACGGAGGAGAUUCUCACAGGAAUGGACGAGGCGGAGGACUUUUAUUGUGAGCGCAUGGGGGUGGUCAAUUUGGAGCGCUGGUCGAGGGGCCGGGUGGUGUUGCUGGGCGAUGCGGCUUAUUGUCCGUCGGUGAUGACGGGGAUGGGCACGUCUUGUGCCAUGGCUGGGGCUUAUAUCCUUGCCGGGGAGAUGGGGAGGCUUGGAAGGGAUGGCAUGGUCACGAAGGAGGAUAUUGAGGGUGUUCUGGCACGGUAUGAGGAAAAGCUCCGGCCGUUCAUGACUCAUGUGCAGAGGGGACUCUUGGACAACAACGAUUACAUGGGCAAGUUUCCGUCAUCGGCAUUGGGAAUCGGUGUCAUGUAUUUUCUGAUUGCUGUGGCUUCGUUUUUCAAGCUGGAUGUUCUGGUGCGGUGGGUGUUGCGAGAGGAUACGAAUGGCUGGAAACUGCCAGAGUAUCCGGAUGUGUUUGGC